UGCUGUUUGCCUGCCCUCCUCUCAGCCUGCAAAGCAGCCGGCCACCGGAGCCCACAUGCCCAGAAGCAAGCCUACCCUAUGCACAUGGCUCGGCUGCCUUGGGCUGCUGGGCUGUUUCUUGCUGGGCUUUCUUGCAGGAUGGUUCACAAAACCGACCGAAAAAAGCCCCAACUCCUCAGAUGUCUAUCAAAAUGUGAGAAAGAAGCUUGUGGCUGAAAUGAAAGUAGAAAACAUCCAGCAAUUCCUUCGCUCCUUUACCAAGUUGCCUCACCUCGCAGGAACUGAACAGAAUCUUCUUCUUGCCAAACAAAUUCAAGGCCAGUGGAAGGAAUUUGGCCUGGAUUCAGCAGAACUCGUUCAUUAUGAUGUGCUUCUUUCGUACCCAAAUGAAAAGCAGCCAAACUACAUCUCAGUAAUUGAUGAUCAAGGGAAUGAGAUUUUCAAUACAUCGUUGUUUGAACCACCUCCACAAGGGUAUGAAAACGUUACUGAUAUACUACCACCAUAUAAUGCCUUUUCAGCACAAGGAGUGCCAGAGGCAGAUCUGGUGUAUGUGAAUUAUGGUCGUACUGAAGAUUUUUUUAAGCUGGAGCGUGAAAUGGGAAUUAACUGUACAGGAAAGAUUGUCAUUGCCAGAUAUGGGAAGAUCUUCAGAGGGAACAAAGUUAAAAAUGCCAUGUUAGCAGGAGCCCAAGGGAUCAUACUUUAUUCAGACCCUGCUGACUACUGUGCCCCAGAAGUCGAUGCUUAUCCAGAUGGCUGGAAUCUUCCAGCUGGAGGAGCCCAGCGUGGGAAUGUGUUAAACCUGAACGGAGCUGGGGACCCUUUAACACCAGGUUAUCCUGCAAAAGAGUACACUUUCAGGUAUGAAGUUAAUGAAGGUGUAGGGAUCCCCAAAAUCCCAGUUCAUCCCAUUGGAUAUCAUGAUGCAGAAGUAUUAUUACGUGCAAUGGGAGGACCUGCAGCUCCCGACAGCAGCUGGAAGGGAAGUCUCCAUGUGUCUUAUAACAUAGGGCCAGGAUUUGCAGGCAACUCUUCUACAAGAAAAGUCAGGAUGCAUGUUCAUACAGACAAUAAAAUAACACGAAUUUACAACGUCAUUGGCGUCCUCAGAGGAGCUGUGGAGCCAGACAGAUAUAUUAUUUUAGGAGGUCAUAGAGAUGCUUGGGUGUUCGGUGGUAUUGAUCCAACUACGGGUGCAGCUGUUCUGCAAGAGGUUGUACGGAGUUUUGGUAAAAUGAAGAUGGAAGGUUGGAGACCUAAGAGAACCAUUAUUUUUGCUAGCUGGGAUGCAGAAGAAUUUGGAUUAUUGGGAUCCACAGAAUGGGCUGAGGAAAAUGCCAGAGUCCUCCAGGAACGGGCAGUUGCUUACAUCAACUCGGAUUCAUCUAUAGAAGGUAACUACACACUAAGAGUUGACUGCACCCCUCUUCUCUACAAACUGGUGUAUAAUGUGACAAAAGAGAUUUUAAGCCCUGACGAGGGUUAUGAAAAUAAGUCUCUUUAUGAGACCUGGCUUGAGAAAGAUCCUGCAAGUGAGAAUAAUAGCUAUCCCAGAAUAAACAAACUGGGAUCAGGCAGUGAUUUCGAAGCUUACUUUCAGCGACUGGGAAUUGCAUCAGGCAGAGUCCGUUAUACCAAGAACAGGAAAGCAGACAAAUUCAGCAAUUAUCCUGUUUAUCAUACAGUGUAUGAGACCUUUGAGUUAGUGGAAAAGUUUUAUGACCCCACCUUCAAGAAACAGCUAACAAUUGCCCAGCUACGAGGCAAACUGGUUUAUGAACUGGCAGAUUCCCAGGUCAUUCCAUUUGACUGCAGAGAUUAUGGAGAAGCCCUAAAAGAAUAUAGCAACAGAAUUUAUAAAUUGGCCAAGAAACAUGAAGAACAGCUGAAACUUUACAAAGUAUCAUUUGAUCCUCUUUUUUCUGCUGUGGUGAACUUCUCAAAGGCUGCUGAUGAAUUUCACAGGAGACUUGAACAAGUUGACAAGAAAGAUCCAUUGACAGUGCGAAUCAUGAACGAUCAGCUGAUGUUUAUAGAAAGAGCUUUCAUUGAUCCUCUUGGCUUACCAGGAAGGAAGUUUUACAGGCAUGUCAUCUUUGCUCCAAGCAGUCACAACAAGUAUGCUGCAGAGUCCUUCCCAGGGAUCUAUGAUGCCCUGUUUGAUAUUGAAAGCAAAGCGGAUCAGCGUGAGGCCUGGGAAGAAGUAAAGAGGCAGAUUUCCAUUGCAGCCUUCACUGUGCAGGCAGCAGCAGGGACACUGAAAGAAGUAGCAUAGGAUGAUGGCUUCGAUAAGCUCAGUCAAACAGCUAAGUUACAAGUGCAGCACAGUCAGGCUGCUGCAGUGACCCAGUCACAACUGACUGCCUGCUGUACUGGAGUUCCCAGCCUUCUGAAUGCGUGCGAGUGUACUGGUGGGGUGAACAGGAGCUUUGCAUAUCAAAGAACUCUGGAGUUAGAAGAUAUUGCUUCUCUGAUACUGACAAUACUCUUGCUUUAAGAACAAUCCUAGAUGGAGUCAAAUUUGGGGGUAGGGAGAAGGAAGAAUUAGUUCCCAAUUAGAGUUUUCUGAAAGAUCUGCCAAUUUUGAGGACCCUUUAGUUUAGACGUACAACAAGAAAUGCUGGUAUUUGCCAAGCUGCCUGUAAAUAUUGCCCGUAGCAGUGAUCAACAGCACACAUAUAGAAUUCUAUGAUUCUAUAUGAAGAGAAAACAUAUAACACUCCUCAGCACCUGCAUUUUUCUUGUUGGGGUAAUUACUUUUAUAACAUAGGACACCAAAGGCAUCUCUGUAUUUGAGAAUCUAUUCUGCAGGGCUGGUGAGUGCUCAUUUAGAAUCACAGAAUCAUAGAAUCAUAAGGGUUGGAAAGGACCUUAAGAUCAUCUUGUUCCAACCCCCCUGCCAUGGGCAGGGACACCUUGCCCUAAACCACGUGGUCCAAGGCUCUGUCCAACCUGGCCUUGAACACCGCCAGGGAUGGAGCAUCCACAACCUCCCUGGGCAACCCAUUCCAGUGCUUCACCACCCUCACUGUAAAGAACUUCUUCCUUAUAUCUAAUCUAAACUUCCCCUGUUUAAGUUUGAAGCCAUUACCCCUUGUCCUACCACUACAGUCCCUAAGAGUCCCUCCCCAGCAUCCUUGUAGACCCCCUUCAGAUACUGGAAGGCUGCUAUGAGGUCUCCACGCAGCCUUCUCUUCUCCAGGCUGAACAGCCCCAACUCUCUCAGCCUGUCUUCAAACGGGAGGUGCUCCAGCCCUCUUAUCAUCCUCGUGGCCCUCCUCUGGACUCGCUCCAACAGCUCCAUGUCCUUUUUAUGUUGAGGACACCAGAACUGUAUGCAGUACUCCAAGUGAGGUCUCACAAGAGCAGAGUAGAGGGGCAGGAUCACCUCCUUCGACCUGCUGGUCACGCUUCUUUUGAUGCAGCCCAGGAUACGGUUGGCUUUCUGGGCUGCAAGCGCACACUGCCGGCUCAUGUUAAGCUUCUUGUCAACCAACACCCCCAAGUCCUUUUCUGCAGGGCUGCUCUGAAUCUCUUCUCUGCCCAGCCUGUAGCAGUGCCUGGGGUUGCCCCGACCCAGGUGUAGGACCUUACUGAUUUGCUUGCUUCUCCUGCAAAAGCAGUACCAGCCAUUCUUGAUAAUGAGAGAAAUAGCAGCUUAGAUGCAGAAAUCCAGAAGCAUUUCUUCAGGGAGCCAGUGUCCAUCCAUCUCAAAGUCACUGUGUGCCUCCCUCCUCUACUGGCACUUUGGAAAAUAAAGACUUUGUGGCAUAACCAGACACUGACGUCCCUGCUCCUAUUGACACUUUCAUUAGUCCCAAACCCAUUAUGGCAGCUUUUGUUCCUAUUUUUUGCUGGGAGAUCUCUUUCAUGCAGAUGUGCUCUUCAAGUUGAGGAAGCUGGAGGCAUUGACACUAUUGGCAUGGGGCUUGAGGUUAUUCUGUUCUCAUAUAAGACCUGAAGGAAGUUUCCUGUCAGGAGCUGCUUUUGCUUUCAAAGAGAAACUGAAAUGCAUGAGAAAGGUAAUUGUACAAAACUGUUUAAUUUGUAAAAAAAUAUAAUUCUUGCUUCAUUUGCCCUUUAGCUGUACUUCUCAUCUACAUGCUUUACAAGUAAUAAAAGUGGUAGAAUUUUAUCAAAUCACAUUUCAGUUUGUGGGAGCUAAUAAAACCGCAUUUCUUCUCUUAUGUAAAAUAUUCUACAGUUUUUCUCACAACCAUAAAUUGCACCAGGUCGUGGGAAUAAAAUCCUUUUUGUUUUAUGGGGAACAGAACAGAAGUUGUACUAAAAAAAGACGGAAUUAGAGAAACAGGACAAUUAGUAAGCUACAGAAGGAGUUGUUCUCAUCUCAGACACUUGGAAUUCAGGCAAGGCAACCAAACGUUACUGUAGUUCAGUCCUUUGGGAAGUCGUUUGGGGUGUAUGCCACCAAGAGAGGCUUUCAUUAGCAUCACUUCCAUUAAGCCUCCUGAAAGACAAAGGACUUGUGUACCUGUGGAUGUUCUGCUCAUAACUUACUGUUAAAUUGCUUUCACAAAUUAAGCCUUAGGCACAUGAGGAGGAAAUUACACUUCCAUAGUCCAUGCUUUACCUCUCCUGUUGGAGAAAGGAGUGCCUGACUGACCUCAUCAGCAUGCACGAGACACAAAUAGUGCUGAGGACACCACAACAGUGACUACAUAGAAUCACAGAAUAGUUUGGGUUGGAAGGGACAUUUAAAGUUCAUCUAGUUCCAACCCCCCUGCAAUGAGCAGGGACAUUUUCAACUAGAUCAAGUUGCCCAGAACCGCACCCAGCCUGGCCUUGAAUGUCUCCAGGGAUGGUGCAUCCACCACCUCUCUGGGCAACCUGUACCAGUGUUCUACCACUCUCAUUGUGAAGAAUUUCUUCUUUAUGGUUGAUGUUCUCUUGACUUCUACUUGACUGAGGCCGCUCACAGUUAUUAAGCUGCUCAUCCCCACAUUUGUAGCGUAAGGUGUUGCCGAAGGAUGUGUGAUAUCUUGCGAGCAGCAACUGGUACAUAACUGCAACGUUUUUCUUUCCCUUCUGAAUCACCCACUUUUCCUGCUCCAUUGUAGCUUUAUGUUAACUGCAAUGGGCAGUAACUGAAUGUGCUCCCGAGGAAGGGUUGGGAUAUCUGCAUGGUGGAAAAAAGCCACUAGUGCCUCUUCCUCAUGAACAGCAGCUAGCUUUGGAGCUGUCAGUGGUUGCUGCCACUGGAUCAUCAGAGGGCAAGGCAAACAAGGGAUUUCCGCAUGAAAAGGAAAUAUCUGUUGAAGAGUGCUUCCUGCCUAAUUUACAGAAAUCUGUUUAAUAACAUAAACCAGUGAAUAAAUGUUUCACCAGUAAACAUACGUUUUCAGUGGUAGCUAACCUUUGAAGUUUUGUGCCAUGCAAAAGAACAUAUUAUAUCUAUCUUCUUGUUUCUAUGUGCAGUUCAAAGAUGUAAGAAUAAAUUACAGCUCACAUCAGGCUGAAUGCACAGCUGGCAUUGAUUGCUUUGAUCCUUUUCUCAACUUAAUCGAUAGCUCUGCAUGAAUGUAGGAUCCAUCAUGACACGAUACA